AGAAAUCGAAUGAAGAAAGUUUAGUAACAUUUCACUCAUUCUUCUUGCUACAAAAAGAUUAUGUAAAGUACUUUUAUACACUGCACGUGUAUAUUAAAAUACAACGUACAUGCAUAUAUAUGCUAGAAAACUUUUAUUAUGUUUCAAUUGUGUCAUUUAAUGAUAUUAAAUAUUUUUCCGAACAUCUUUAUUUAUGUCAGAAAUAUCUAUAAACAUCAUGUCAGAAAAUACUUUUGAAGAAAGAAAUAAUCUAUUCAGAGAUUAUAAAAACGAAAACUUUGAUGAUGGUGACUUGCAGUCCCGAUUGUAUGCAGAAAUUUAUUAUGAAUCAAACGUUGAAGCUGGAUCAAAAACCUCGGAUAUUUCAAGAACAAUUCAACUAGCUAACAUGGAUGCUGAAUCAAACUUAGAACCGGAAAAUAUGCAACAACAAUCUGAAGACAGGCAACCAUUAGAAUCUGAAUCUGCUAGAGAUAAAUCUAGUAAAACUAAGAAAAUAUCAAGAGAACAUUGCAAUCAGAACACUCCGUUGCCAAACGAGAGUUUUGUCAUAGACAGUGACAUAUCGCGCGUACAAAAUUCAGCUGAUGCAAUUAAUCCUGCAUCAGUUGAAAUUCAGACUAACACAGACAAAUUGUCUGGUCGAGAGAUGAAUCCUGUAAUACAUGAUAAUGAUAAUAUUAAUAAUGACAAUCCAGGAAACUCUUCAGUGGAAAAAGAAAAAAAAUGCAAGGAAAGUGUUGCCAAGAAGCAUAAAUCUUCUAACUAUACAAAAAGCAAGCAUCAAGAAAGUUCCCUAAAAGAUCAAACUGCUUCACCGAAUGACACAAUACGUUCAAAGUGCAAUGUCAUGUUAAAAUCUGCAAAACAUGAAAUUUUCUUAGACAAACAAUUAAAGAAAAAUAAACAAACUUCGGACAGUUCUGACUCUGACGAAUCUAUUUUUGAAAUACCGGUUCCACCAAAACCAAAACCACCACUUAUAAAUCUGCAAGAUUCUGACGAGGAAAACCACACAAAUUCAAGAAUGGAUAAUCUGAUUUCAGAAAAAGUUAACCCAGCCACAAGCAAAAUUACAGGCAGAUCAAGUAAUCACCAAGAUACAUCUGUUAAAAAUAAAAGUACUGAUAAAUCUCUACAUAAUAAGGAUACAACAGUAAACUCCAGAAGUAUGCAAGAAAUUAGAGAAGAUAUUGUUUUGAAUUGCACAAUAGUUCAGAAAGGUGUCAAAAGUAUAAAUGAAAUUAAACAGUCAUCCAAAACUGCAAAAUUAAAUAAAAGUCAAGGAGAUGUAUCAAUUAAAGAUACAAAUCAAAAUUCUACAAAGCAAUUAUCGCAAAAUACAUCUAAACAACAUAACACUAAUUUAGAGCAAUUUAUGAUUCCAGAAAUAUAUUCAUAUAGUCACAUUCAUAAAUCGCAACGAAAUGUUGACAAAAGUAACAUUAUACCUACACAUGGUAGAUAUAAUUUAAGAAGUGCAGAAAAAAACAAUACAUUAGAUGCGAAAGCAUCAUGCAGUAGUAAUGAUACAGCAAUAGAUCGAAAGAGACAAAAUGAUAGUACAAUCGAGAGUUCUAAAGAAAAACGACAAUGCAUUGUUCAGCAAAACAAUCAAAAUGUUAUGCAGCAAAGCAGCAGUGGUGGAGAAAGAAGAAAGGAAUCAAGGAAUGAAUAUUUCAAAACAAUGUCAGACUCACUGAGGAACUAUUACUACAACUCGUCUCGCGGUCAGGAGAACUUUGAUGUUGGCGAACUGCAGCAAGGCAUGUCGAGAGAUCCGCGAAUGUGGAGGAUAAUGGACGAGGAUUUGAUGCCAAGUCCUCCCAGCAGGCAACGCCACAGAUUCUGGAACAUCAGAUGUACCAAUUGCCACCAGGACGGUCACCAACGCUAUGAUUGUCCAGUGCCGCGUAAAACGCCCUGUUGCUAUAUAUGCGGCAACAAAGGUCACGUUGAGUCUCGUUGUCCACAGAAAAUAUGUCUUACAUGCGGUAAGCAACAGAACACGUUUCGUAAAACUUGCGAGUAUUGUCGUGUCCUAUAUUGUACUAUGUGUCAUUCGGUAGGACACGAGUCAACGCAAUGUCCCGAUCUCUGGCGACGGUAUCAUCAAACGACCGACAUGAGCAGCGCACCACAGGAUCCAGGCAACAUAAUGAAACCGUCGGGCUUAUUGCAUUGCUGCAACUGCACCAAGCGCGGCCAUGAGUCGUCCAUGUGCAAUGCGUAUCGAUGGUCCCAGCACUUUCAAACUCCGGCAGCGGUCACAAAUUACACGGACGGACCUAUGUACACAUAUGCGACGAGUUUUUCCAAUUCUGAUUUCCAAAUAAGUUUGUCAUCCAGGGCAACAAGCAGCAGUUCGUCGAUUCCAAUGGAAGAAUAUUCGAAAUCUACUAGAGUAGACGCAUUAUCAUCAAGUGCAAAAGCUAACGAGACGCCGAUUCCACAAAAAACUCUGUGCAAUCUAGAAAUAGAAGGAAACUUGGAAUCUUCUCCUAUGAUAAAUAAGAUACAUCGGCCCGAAGAUAAACAGAAAUACAGACAAAAUGGAAUAAUCGAAAACGAGUUUACCACUAUUCUAUUUAUUUAUGGUGAAUUCCAUGACAAAAAUAACAAGGAUGCAAAGAUAAUUUCGAGAAACCUUUCAUCGAUAAAAAAACUGACAUCCUAUGGAAAGAGGACUGUAAGAAAUUUGUCAAAGGGUGAAAUUGCUCCAAUUUUUCUUAAGGCAUUAUCUGAAAAGGCAAUAGAAUUUGAAGUAAAAAUAGGCUAUACAAAAAUGGAUCAAUGUCAAGAUAUAAUAUUACAGAUAAUAGCAAUGAAAGAAUACGUAAAAUUGAUACAUAAUCUGUUGCUUCAUUGGAUCGAUCUCCCAGACAAUGAAAAGGAUUAUGGGAUGGAUAUGACUCUACCCAUGAAUCCUACAAAAAUGUUUAACCUAUUAUCUUCGAGGAUGCCGCAACUAACAAAAAUGAGCUUUACAUGUUAUAACGAUCAUAUAAAAGGAAUAAAUGAUCCACGAUGGAUUUCUCAUUCAAUAAAACACCACAAAAGACUAUUGGAACAGCAUAAUGGUAGCUUCAGGCAAUAUUCUCGUUUACGUACAAAGAUGUGGCGUUUACAAGUCAAGCUUCUUAUGAUUUUCAACACUGAGCCAAAACCAAAUUUUUACAUACGUGACUUUAAGAAUGUAAUGAAGCAACUCGAAUCUGUGAAACAAGAUCAGAUGAUUGAGAAACUUGAUACCGCAAUUUAUCUUAAACUUACCCUGCUUUAUAAUCGUUUAUUUGUGCCUCACACACCUGUCGGUAUAAUCUACAUGCUGCAGCGUAUUGAAAAACACUCGAAAAUGAUGCUAACAAAUACGAAUUGUUCGCCGCAGAUAAUGCAGGAAUUGGAAAACGAUGAAAUGUGUGAAGAAAAUCUUGCAUCAGAUUUUAAUGUAAAUUCCUCGUUAACUGUAACAUUUAGCACUUCACAAAAUAUAAACUCUGCUGAAGAUCUUCCUCCGAUUAAUAUUCAGCAGAAUACGAAUGACGAGAUGUUUGUUGAGAGAAGAGACGAUAUUUCGCCUAUAAUUAAUGAUACCAUAGAUUGUGAUGAUAAUGAGAUAAUGAUACUAGAAGAUUCUGUUACAGAAGAUGCUCAGACUACUACGUCAUCAAAUACUGAGAUAUUUAACUAUAUUGAACCAGUAUUGAUUUCAACGGAAGACAUAAAUGACGUUCAACCAUUAACAAGUGGUCUAAAUAUUGAAUGCAAUACAUCCACGGACAAACAGAAUGUAAAAAAAAAUCCUACAAAACAAGAUAAACGGACAAAAAAACAACAGAGAUUGGAAAGAAGAAGAAACCUAGCAAUUCAAAAUAUGUAUCCGGAUGCCUCAAAACUCAUAAAAGAGGCCCGUGAACUUGAAAUACCUUAUAUGAUGAAUGCAGCAAACGAAUUGGAAAAAAAAUUUAACAGUCGAACAAUUAUGCUGCGUCAUGUGGAUACGAUGAAAAAAAUGAUAAAAUUAGAGAAAAAAUAUCGUAAGAAUGUUAGCACAUUUAAGAUUUAAAGCAAGAUUUAAAGACAUAAUUGCAAAUAUUAUUAUAUUUUGUUCGAUGCUAUUGCAAUAUUGAUUGAAAUUAUCUCUGAGAGAGAGAGAGAGAGAGAGAGAGAUGUCUGUACAAUUCUAAAUGUGGAUGAAAUUGUUGUUUACGUUAUGGAUGAUAUCAAAUGACCGCAAACAUGCGUGUGCAUAUUAAAAUAAUAUAUUAAAAAGAAGAGGUCAUUUAAUAUACACACACACACACACACACACACACAAACCUGUAAAAUAUUUUGCAAACUAUUUAACCACGCACAUAUAUCCACAUAUAUCUUAUUCUAUUAAUGAUAUAUUCUGAUGAAUGUAAUUAAUGAGGACAUUUUAAAACAAAUUGUAUAGCAUUAAUAUUACAGCUAUGUAGUAUUUGCUAUAAUAAUUAUGAAUAACUUAUGUUUUUACAUUAUAUUUUUGAAUGAAGUAUUAAAUAAUUAUUUCAAUUUUCUUGUUCCUUUAAAUAUAUCAUCCAUUUAUAUAAUAAUUAGAAUAUCUUGAGAUAUUUUUCACAUAGCAUUUAGGUUACUAUCAUGUUAUUUGUUGUAACAAUUAAAAACCGAGUAAAAAAAAUUGCUUUUUUAUUGUAUUACAUCUUUGGAUGAAAUAUUAAAGGAUUAAUUUUGAAUA